UUAUUAAUCUCACCUGUAAUUUCAUGCUUUACCCGUUUUAUAUACCCUCCCACUACCUCACUACUUCAUCCAUUCCAUCUCCAAUGGCUUCUCUGUCCUUUUCCCCUGCUUCACUUUCUUCUUACUACCACCUCUUCUUCACUCUCUUAGCUUUCCUAAUCUCCGGCCUCAUUAUCCUGCUCACCCAGAAAACCAAAUCCAAACAACCCCACCUCCCUCCCGGACCACCAGGAUGGCCUAUUGUCGGCAACCUCUUCCAAGUCGCUCGCUCCGGCAAGCCCUUCUUCGUCUACGUAGACGAGCUCAGACACAAAUAUGGUCCAAUAUUCACUCUCAAGAUGGGCACCAGGACCAUGAUCAUUCUCAGCGACGCCAAGCUAGUCCACGAAGCCCUCAUCGAAAAGGGUGCGGUCUAUGCCACCAGACCUAGAGAGAAUCCCACUCGGACAAUCUUCAGCUGCAACAAGUUCACCGUCAACGCUUCCAUUUACGGCUCGGUGUGGCGGUCCUUGAGGCGGAACAUGGUCCAGAACAUGCUCAGCUCAACCAGGCUCAAAGAGUUCCGAAGCGUCCGAGAUCAUGCAAUGGACAAACUCGUCGAGAGGAUCAACAUGGAGGCCAAGGCCAACGACGGCGUCGUUUCCGUGCUCAAAAACUCCCGCUUCGCAGUGUUCUGUAUUCUCUUGGCAAUGUGCUUCGGGAUCGAAAUGGACGAAGAGACGGUGGAGAAAAUGGAUCAGGUAAUGAAGUCGGUUCUCAUUGUGUUGGAUCCCAGAAUCGAUGACUACCUUCCUGUUCUGAGUCCCUUCUUCUCCAAGCAAAGAAAGAGAGCUCUGGAAGUGAGAAAGGAGCAGGUGGAUUACAUAGUCCCCUUCAUCGAACGGCGUCGUCGGGCGAUCCAAAACCCAGGAUCAGAUCGAGAAGCCACAUCGUUCUCGUACCUCGACACGCUCUUCGACUUGAAAGUAGAAGGACGCAAAUCAUCUCCUUCGAACGAGGAACUGGUCACACUUUGCUCGGAAUUUAUCAACGGUGGGACCGACACGACGGCGACGGCUCUGGAGUGGGGAAUCGCACAGCUCAUAGUGAACCCUCAAAUACAAGAGAAGCUGUACGCGGAGGUUAAAGCGACGGUCGGUGACAGAAAGGUGGACGAAAAGGACGUGGAGAAAAUGCCCUAUUUGCAAGCAGUGGUGAAGGAGCUUUUACGAAAACACCCUCCGACCUAUUUUUCACUAACCCAUGCAGUGACCGAGCCAACUACAUUGGCGGGUUACGACAUUCCCACUAAUGCAAAUGUCGAGAUCUACUUGCCCGGGAUUUCGGAGGAUCACAAAUUGUGGUCUGAUCCCGAGAAGUUUGAUCCCGAUCGGUUUAUUUCUGGUCGGGAAGAUGCGGACAUCACGGGUGUGACCGGUGUUAGAAUGAUGCCGUUCGGGGUCGGGAGGAGGAUUUGCCCUGGUUUGGCCAUGGCCACGGUGCAUGUUCAUCUCAUGUUGGCUAGAAUGGUGCAAGAGUUUGAGUGGAGUGCGUACCCGGAUGGAAGUAAGUUGGAUUUUACAGGCAAGUUGGAAUUUACGGUGGUGAUGAAGAAUACGCUUAGAGCUAAGAUCAAGGCCAGGGUUUAGUUAGGUCAAAAAUAUAGCUAAUCAAAUUUAAAUAUCCUGUGGUAAAUCGAAUUUGUGAUUUUGUGGA